AUGACAUGUGACAAUCUCGCUGCUGAAAUGGAGGAUUUCUGGUGGAGUAAUACUGAGCAUUCAAAGAAUAUCCACUGGUUAAGUUGGGAGAAACUAUGCUUGCCGAAAGAUCAAGGAGGUUUAAGUUGCAGGGACAUUCAAACAUUUAUUGAGGCAUUGUUGGCCAAGCAAGCAUGGAGAAUCCUGCAGUAUCCUGAUUGUUUGUUUGCUAGAAUGAUGAAGAGUAGGUAUCUCCCUCAGUCUCAGUUCUUGGAAGCUCCCUUAGGGUCGAGACCAUCUUAUGCUUGGAGAUGCAUUCUGUUUGGUAGAGACUUGCUUUUUCAAGGGUUAAAAAAGAAUGUGGGGAAUGGAAUAUCUUUCAAGGUUUGGCUAGAUGAUUGGAUUGAAGAUGAAGAUGGUUGGAGAGUACCAUGUAGGAGAAACGACUUUUUCAAUCUCGACUUGAGAGUUUAUGAACUGGUAGAUGUGGAGAGACGAGUCUGGAACUCCCAGAAUCUCCAUGAAAUUUGUUACCCUGCUGAUAUUUAG